UAUGCAUGCAUACAGACUUCAUUUCUAGCGAAUUUCAGUGGAUAAAUGCUUAUGGCAUUUUUAUGACCAAUUCUUAAGGAAAAAUAAUUGAAAUGUUUGAAAAACUAAAUCCCAAACCCUUACUACCAACUCGUGUUGCACGUUUGGAAGAAUUAUUAUUAGUGAAGACAACAUAUACUACGCUACAACCGGAAAAACUUGCCAACUAUGUUCUUAAUUCAUAUGGAUUCUACAAAAAGCAAGAAAAAUUUCCAUUCGAUAUAUGGAAUGUAGAUAAUCAAGCAAUUAUGCAUUUAUACAGAGCUGGUAUUAAACAAAGACGUCAGUCGCAUAUACAAAAUGUUAAUCAUACCUGGUGGAGACCAAAGUCAGGACGGAAAAGCUCUGGAAGAACAGGUUUCGUAUAUAAACCACAAAGUGCUCAAGAAGAGAGAACUUCGGCAAUAAAGUCGGACGUCACAGACCAAACAGAUGGUAGUGUCAAUGUUGAACCACUAAAACGAAUCCAAACCCUUGCUGAGAGUGUUCGAAAUGACUCGAUUAGACCAGAUGAAGUUCAACCAAUACUACGUGAUCUAUCUCGAGAAAUGAUUCACGCGAUCAUUGGAGGAAGUGAGGAGAAAAGCGCAAAGUUUCUGGAAAUAUUAGAACAACAUCAACAGGCUACUGUUAUUGAAGGAGAAAUACAAAGUAGUAUAUCUGAACCCGACUAUGUAGAACAAACUAAUCGAGAAAAUUCCGUUUUAAGUGAAACAUCUGCCAAAGAAUUAGCUGAAGUAUUUUUAAAUAAUUUGACUGAUAAUGUAUCAGUGUACUUGGAAGAUAUUUUGGAUCAACUGUUACAAAAUAAUGAUGAUGAUGAUGAUGACAAUGAUAAUGAUCAAUCUGAAACAAACCAUGAUCAGCAUAAAAAAUGAAAUGAGUAAUUAUUACCUAUCAAUAAGAUGAAACUAAAUAAGCUGUUCUGCAUGAGAUAGUUUCUUUGAAUUUCAAGGUUGAAAUCCCUGAAAUUUUAACUGUUGAAUUGAACUAAAAAUAUUAGAAUUGUAUAAAUUGGCUCGAUAGCAUUUAUUUUCCAUUGGUUUCAGUAUCAUUGACUAAUUCAAUGUUUCAAUAAAUAUACAUAUAUUUAAUCAUGA